AUCCAGAUGGUUGGAUAAUCCCGUGGCGAUCACUUCCCUGUGUCUUUCUUUUCGUUUGAUUUUUCCUCUUUCUCCUCCCAACCAGCUAGUCGCUACCGGUUCAAACCCAUUUCGUUCAUUUCCUACCUACAGCUGGUCUGAUUAUACUCAUUCGACCUUGGCCUGAGGCCUUUCAUUCUUUUAGUUUGUUCUUUGAUAAUUGCUGUUGUUUUACACUCUUUAUAUUUACCCACUCGACAGCUUCAGUCUUAUCCUGCCAAGGUAAACGAUUUGAUGGAAUUUUAGACGACACCUUAUGGUGACCGACGAAUAUGCAUAUGAAUCAUGGCAUCAGAGUUGGAAAAUGGAAAAGGAGCUAUUUGACCCCUAGCCUCUCGUUGGAGCCCUUGUCACCACAUACACAACUAUCAAAACAAGAUGAUCACACCCCGACUUCAGUUUUACAUAUAAGAGAUUCCAAAGAAAAUGAACUGUCUCCAUCAGGGAAAGCAGUCCUAGCUUUGGUAUUGACAGGGGCAACCUUGCUUAUCAUCUUCCUCUCUACGUUUGUCUUUUUGAGAAGAAAGUACGGACCAGGGUACACGUUCUGGUCGUUUGUCACCGGAACACGGCCGGAACCAGUCAGGCGGACCGCCAGGGACCUGACGACUCCAGAUAUCAUGGAGUCGCUGCGAAAAGAUGCAAUGUCAAACCAGAAAACCCAGAAAACCACAGGGAAAGCGGCUGCCGAUCUCUAUCCUAUAUCAAAGAUACAAAGUCGCCAGCGAUUCCAGACCCUCCUCCUAAACCACCCCGCCCUGUCCCCAAGGCACAAACAAAAAAAAAACGGUCCCAUCUUGACCAGAAAUCAGCCGCAAGCACCACGUACAGUAUAAACAUUGACGAAAUCACAAAGGCCUCCAUACCUCCCAUUCCACCUCCACCCCCAAGUCCAACACCCAGCCGACUCAGCGUCAGCACUCGCUCCUCCGGCCCUCUUCCACCGUCAGUGUGUCAAUACGGUCAAGAAACGUGCAGUA